AACCGAACCUGAACGGCGGCGAUGGCAGCGGCGGCAGAACUUACGAAAUGAUUUCGCUCGGUUUUCGCGAUACGAAUGUACCUGAUCAGCAUUUUGAUCCUGGCAGAGGAAAAAAGGCCCACUAGUUAAGGCAUUAUAAAAACCGUCCCCUGGUGGUUGGUUAGGCAUCAGUCGCUUGUAGUCCACCGUUCCAACCCAGUGCGUGUAGGCCAAACUUAGUUCAAAUUGGCAACAUCAAUCAUGAAGGCUUUCGUGGUGUUUUGCGUUGCUUUGGCCAUUACUUGCUCCUCGGCAGUUGACGAAUCCUCGAAGAAGGACAAACGUGGUGUUUGGGAUCUGGGCUAUGGUCAUCACGAUUCAUAUGCUUACGAUAGCCAUCACCACGAUAUCCAUCAGUACGACAGCAGCCAGUGGACUCCCAUCAAACACUACUCGGACGAUCAUCACCACGCCGUAGAGAUCGAGAAGAAGGUUCUGGUGGAGAAACAUGUCCCGGUUGUCGUCGAGAAGAAGAUCCCGGUGCAUAUUGACCGGCCAGUGCCAUACCCAGUGGAAGUUAAGGUCCCAGUGGUGCACAAGGAGUACGUCGAAGUGCCGAAGCCGUACGCCGUCCACGUGGAGAAGCACAUCCCGGUGUACAUCCACAAGCCGGUCUACGUCGAGAAGCCAGUGCCAGUCAGCAUCUACAUCAAGCAAAAGAAGAAGCAUUGGGGAUGGUUCUAAGACGGUGGCGUUAAGUAGACUGAGUUAAUAAUAAAAAUUGUUGUGUUAAUGUAAA